AGAUUCUGACCCAAUUUGAGGAUGCUGUGAAAUGCGACUAUCUGUCAACAGAGUUUGAGACAACAGCAGAAUUAUUGAGCUAUAGUGCUUCGUUGGGAGAUUCUUCUUUUGAAUCUGCUUAUUCUGGUUCCAUGCCUCAACUUCCUUGGAUACCACAAACGACUGCUGCUGUGGCACUGAGGCUCUUGGAGCUGGAUGCCUCUAUUUUUUACGUUUCACAACAGAAGGCUGAGCUGCAUGAUGAAAAAUCAGUGGAAGCUCUUCCAAAGAUCACUUUCAGGUAUUCUUAUUCAAAGGAUAUACCAAAGACUGAAACUACAGAACUGGAUCAGCAUGGACCUGUGAAAGAGAGAAACUGGGGUCAACUGCGUGACAUUCCUGGCAGCUCCGGAAGUAGGCAAGUGGUUCGUAAGCGAGGAAGUGGCCGCCCACGCGGACGAUCUCGGAAACGGGUUUUUAGUUCAAUAUCAAAAUCCAGCAGGCAGGGUAUAAGACAAGGUGAGACAUUGACUCAAGUUCUUAUGCAGCAUGGAGCAAGAACAGGUGGACAGAGGCAUGGGCGAGGUCGACGAACUCUUAGGAAAAGGAGAACAGAGAAGGUCGUUUUAGAGACGCUGCCAAAUUACUUGGGAGACACGGCCACCCUUGAGAGUAUUGUGGAAGAGCCAAGAAAUUCUGUCCACGAGGAACUGGUGAAUUUUGACGCUAGAAAUAUUGAAAUUGAAAAUGAUGCCAGUAGUAACAGCAUGGAAGCUGGGGAUUUCGAUGAUAAUGCCCUAGUCAACCCGUUUGAGUUUGAAAAAUGGGGUUCGAGUUAUGAUGUUGUUCCAAACAGAAGUAAGGAGAUGGUGGAAAUGAGUGACGAGGAUGUAGAUGAAGUUGAGCAUAAUGGUUAUGAGGAGGAAGAGGAGGGUGAAAAAUUCGAAGGUCUGGAAAUGAAUGAUAACUCAGAUGGAGAACGGGAUGGGAACAUGGACGAAGGCUCAGAUUCCAUAGUCUCCGGUGAUUAUAGUGAUUGAGGUCUCAAAUUUUUGGUAACCAGUAAGCAAGGUACCGUGUAGUGAUAUAAUUAUAUAUAUUUUUAUAUUCUUUGAGAUGUAACUAUUCAGUUGGCAGUCUUUUGUAAAAUUGUAAGAGGACAUAAUAAUUAGAUUAUCCUUUUUGACUCGGUUCACUGAGAAAUAUAAUGAGUCUAAAAAUGCACA